CGCAACUCGGCCUCAGUUCGCCAUUUUGGUUGACAAGAUUUGUUUUUCCAUCGAAUCCAUAAAUAUCAUACACAUUUUUACUAUUCAUAAUGUUUUCUUGUCUUACUUCCGUGCUACCAAAAGGAGGACAAGCUCUUUCGACAGUAAAAUGCCUUGCAAGACCUGGUUCAGUUUCAUUGGCAAGAUUUUUCUCCACAAGCGAUUCACGUAGUCGCUUUGGUAUAGAUCCAACUGGUAUCAAAGUAAUGCCUACCAACUUCUUCUCUGAUGUGAAAGCUGAACUUUUCAAAAAAACUGGGGAGUCUGGUCCUUUGUGUUUGGGAAUUGGCUUUGCUGCUUAUUUGUUGUCCAAAGAAUACUUUAUAAUUCAUGAAGAAACACUGCUUGCAGUGGUUUCAUUAUUAACUAUGACAUGGGCUCUCAAGAAAGCUGGUCCUCCCAUAACCCAAAUGUUGGAUGAUUAUGCUCAGGAAAUAUUAGAUCAGUUGAACCAAGGCCGUGUAGCCAAGAUUGCUCAGUUGGAAGAGGAAAUAAAACUACAGGAAAGUGUUGAACCCAUGCUUAAAGUUGGUAAAGAUGUCUUUGAAAUUCUGCAGGAAAAUAAUGUCAUGGAAAUGGAGACUGAAUAUAGAAGUCGCCUUCACCAUGUUCACAAUGAAGUCAAGAAACGUUUGGAUUACCAAGUUGAACUGCAAGACUUGAAAAAACGUCUGGAGCAAGAGCAUAUAAUAAACUGGGUUAAAGAUGCAGUUGUGAAGAGUAUUACUCCUAUGCAGGAAAAGCAAACAAUCACUCAGUGUAUUAAAGAACUUAAAAGCCUUGCUCCUGCCUAGAUAUACUUCCAAUUUCUAACCUCUUGCUGACUACAACUGAAGUGCUUGUAUUUUAUAAUUAUAUGUAUAUUAAAGAAAGCAAACUUAAAA